ACGCCUUUCCUCCCUAUGCAUUGUGUAACCCCUCCCAGCAGAUGACAUCGCCGGGACACUGACACGCCCUCUCAAGCCUUUAAUCUGGGUUGAUAGCAUAAAUAUAGGCUCGGGAAGGAGUGGAGGGAACUGUCCUUUCCUACACAUAAAUUAGGGGUUAAGGAGCAAUCAGAGUCCAUUUCCUGGUGUAAGAAAUCUCAUCAUGAGUGACUCAAAGGCUAAAGCAACUGCAAAAGGAGAUUCAGCAGAUGCGACUGAGAAACGUGGUAGAGGUCGUCCACGGAAAAAGCCACAGGAGUCUUCAAGCCAGUCAGUCAAACCCAGCUCUCCUACCAAAUUACAGAGUGAUGCACAAGAGAGCACGGAGCCAAGUGGUUCUCCCACCACGAAACGUCCACGUGGGCGCCCUAAAGGCAGUACAAAGAAAGGCAACCUCGACAAGGAAACCUCAAAUAGCAAGAAACCUGAAAUUGGAAAAAGAACUGGAAGAAAGAAAACUCCCAAAAAGCAGGAGGAAGAGGAGGAAGACGGGGGCACAGCAGAUUCCUCAGAAGACCAGUGACUGCAGUUCAGUGUCACAUUUAUUCUUCUUUCCCAAGCCUUUCUUCCUGCUCUAGCACACCUAAAUAGUGACAAACGUAUAGCACCAUUUAAAAAAACAACUCACCUGACAUAACUAUUCUUGCCUCCUGCUGCAAUACUCAGGUCAUUAUUAAUGCUGGCAGUCUAACUGUAGACUGCUGUGCUAGUACACAUUUGAACUUAUGCCUUUCUUCAAUAAUUCACUGCCAGCAUUAAUGUAUUCUAGACAGCUAGUAAUUAUAGCUACCUAAAUACCUUAAGUUCCAGCACACUGGACUUUUUUGUUCAUGUAUGUCAUUGGAUAAAUGAUCAUAGUUAAUCUUAACACACCUUAGACCUUUCUAACCUACAUCAGCCGAAUCAGUCAUGUAUAUUACCUGUGAAUAACGCAUUCUUGCUUUGCAGUUAAGAAAUUGGUUCAUAUGUAGAUAUUUUCAGGCAAUGUCCACAUACACCUCUUAGAAAGAAACUUGGCGUGAAUCUAUAAUAUGCACCUGGGUGAGGAUGAAAGUCUACUUUUGACAUUUAUGAUGUUACUAUGGUCAAUGCUAACUGUGUAAAUGGUGCUGUAUUUUUGACCAUAAGUCCAUAGACUUUUGCACUAGGGUUUUUUCUUUUGUAGGCAUGCAUUUCAUGUCCCAAACAUCCAUUACCUAGUUAAGUUUAAAUCCAAUUUCCUAUGCUGAACAAGAGCAGAUUUUGCAGUGGUGGUUCCCACUGAAUAUACCUACUUUGAUUAUAGGUUAAAGUUCUGUAACUUGAGACACUGUAUAAACAGGAUGGAUUUUACUGUAUUGACAAGAACGUUAAAUGAUUAAUGAUUGUGUUUGAGCAGUCUGUGCUUCGAUGUUUUAUGUGCAUAAAGAUAAACAAAAUGUGGUAGGUUUGUUUUACGAAGCUAGUGUUUCCAAAUUCUAGCCCUCUCUACGGCUAAGACGUAUGUCAAAUAAAUGUGCCCUUUUGGGGUCUGGGACACUGGAGGGCUGGAAUUGAGGAAAACACUACUAGAUUAUAUGGUUUACUUAAUUACAAUAAAGUUCACAUUUUUAGUGCAAUAA